AUGUCUGACGCCGCCGUUGUUGAAGCCACCGCAUCUCCAGUCGCCGCUGUUGAGAAAAAGGCACCUAAGAAAGCCGCUGCCAAGGCAAAGAAACCCUCUGCUGCCCCAAGCCAUCCACCAACCCAACAAAUGGUCGAUGCUGCCAUCAAAACAUUGAAAGAACGUGGUGGUUCCUCAUUGCCUGCCAUCAAGAAAUACUUGGCCAGCACAUACAAAGUUGAUGCUGUAAAAUUGGCCCCAUUCAUCAAGAAGUACUUGAAGAGCGCUGUUGCUAGUGGAAAAUUGAUCCAAACUAAAGGUAAGGGUGCCUCCGGUUCAUUCAAAUUGUCCCCAUCUGCCUCGAAGGAACCUAAAGCAAAGAGCGCUGAAAAGAAGAAGAAGGCCCCAGCCGGUGAUAAGAAAAAGAAGGCAGCAGCACCCAAAAAGGCAGCCGGUGAAAAGAAAGCCGCUGCAAAGAAGCCUUCCGCUGCUAAAAAGACCGCCGAGAAGAAGAAGACCGAAAAGGCCAAGGCUAAAACUGCCAAAAAGACAGGUACAGUUAAAGCUAAACCCGCAAAAACAGCCGCCAAAGCAUCAGCCACUAAACCAAAGGCACCCAAGGCAAAAACCACCGCUGCCAAGCCCAAAAAGGCUGCCGCAGCAAAGAAGCCAGCUGCCAAGAAGACCGCCUCGAGCGCCCUACACAUACCAUCGCCACCUGCCAAGGAGACUCCCUGUGUCCUGAGGAAGAAGUCUAUAUAUGACCCCGAUACUCCAUUGGGCCUCGAUGGCCUGUCGGACGGAACAACACAAAAAGCCGCCCUUUCCAUCAAGAACGCAGCCAGCAAAUUGCCCUUCCGAUUACGCAUCACAUCACCCCAGAGGGGGUGCCUAGCAUUGAGAUCACAUCCCACUACAACCUCACCUUCAUCCGCCAGCCGUACCACAGGAUCCAGCGCUGAUACAUCAAACCCCGCUGAAGGAGCAAGGUAUAAGGAAACAAAGGAAAUCGAUGAGCCAUUACUCCGCCGCAACCUCACCGCACAGCCCUCAACGCCCUCCAGCCGAAGGGGAAUAAAAUCGUGA